AUGAGAUUUUCACCAAAACGCAAAACCCCACCAAUUGACUCAGCUUCGAUAGAAUCUAGCUUGCGUCUCAACGGAUCGGAUCCUUCAAUUAGACUUGUCACAGAAGAAAAUGACGGGCUGUCAGCUGAUGACAGGCCAAGUUACGAGGGUACAGCCCCCAGGAACAACGAAAUUUCGUCCAAUAAGGCGGACGGUUUUAAGAGCUUGGGUCGCCCCGCGUCUUUUAUAACAACGACAUCGUCAAAUUCAGAAAAUAACUAUUUGACACCUGAACAGCCUUCUUCACCGCAAGCAGCUAACAACAAGACAAGCUACCGCAACAUAUCCCAAAGCUCUUUACCGAGACAAUCAGCGGAAGUCACAGGCGUUGGAGAAAUAGCACAGCAACCACCAUACACAUAUACACAUUCAUUCGAACAGAAAUCCAUGUCAGCUAAUCUAACUUCAUCUUCGGAACUUUUCGAUAAAGGAAUUCAAGAGAAAGGCUUGCCAGAAGUGCAGCCCGAUAGAUCAUCCAAGGCUCCUUUGGGAGGUGCGCGCAAACAGCGCAAAUGGUUAAUAGCAGGCGCGAGUACUUUAGCCGCGGUUGUUGUAAUCGUGUUGGUCAUAGCGUUACCAGUUACGCUCACCCGCAACAACGAUUCAUCGUCAUCCUCGUCUUCAUCCGAAAACAAAGAUGGACAGCCCAAAACCAAUGCUUCCGGUAACCUCGUUCAGACGUCAGGUGGUGACGGAAGUGAAGUGACGCUUGAAAAUGGUGAUACCUUUAUUUACAAUAACACAUUCGGUGGCAAUUGGACGAGCAUCCCCUUCAACAACACAGCAAGAGCUCAAUCUUACACGAAACCGCUCAGUGAGACAUGGGAUUACAACAAUGACAGGAUCCUCGGUGUGAAUCUUGGUGGAUGGCUUGUGCUUGAGCCUUUCAUCGUCCCUGCACUUUACGAAGCUUGUGAAGACGCUGACACACCAUGCGUUGACGAGUACACCCUAUCCAACUACUAUAGAUCGCAAAACAAGUUGGAAGAAGUGUUAGACGAACACUACGACACAUUUAUCACAGAAAAGGACUUUGCUGAUAUAGCCGCAGCUGGUCUAAACUGGGUCAGACUUCCAAUCCCAUUCUGGAUGAUUGAGACACAAGACGACGAGCCAUUCUACGAAGGCGGUUGUUUCAAGUACUUCCAAAAAGCCGUCAAAUGGGCUCGCAAAUACGGUCUGCGUCUUAACCUCGAUCUUCACGCUGUACCGGGUAGCCAGAACGGCUACAACCACAGCGGUCACUUGGGUAAUAUUCACUGGAUGGCUUCGUACAUGGGUCUCGUGAAUGCGCAGCGCACGCUCAACUACAUUCGCACGAUCACUGAACUGAUCACCGAGGAUGAAUACAAGGAUGUAGUGGCGAUGUUUUCGGUCAUCAACGAGCCAUUUGGUCCUACUAUCGGACGCGACGUUGUUGCGUCCUUUUACUUUGAAGCAUACAACGUAAUCAGAGAAAUCACAGGCACAGGCGAGGGUAAAGGUCCAUGGCUUGCUUUCCAUGAUGCAAUGGUCGGCGGUGCACAAUGGUCUGAUUUCUUGAGAGGUGCUGAUCGUGUCGCGCUCGACAUCCACCCUUACGUAGCCUUCAAUGGCCAGAACAAUGAUCCUAUGUCUGAGCAGGUGCGUAUCUGUUUACUGACAAGUUUCAAUGCUCAUUCACCCUUCAGCUACGGUGUCACUAUUGCAGGCGAAUUCUCGCUCGCUAUCAAUGACUGCGGUACCGUGAAUGGCGUCGAUGAAGGCACGCGCUACGAGGGAACGUACACCAACGAUCAAGGCAACGUCCUUCAACCCAACUUCGGUGAAGGAGCCUGUGAUGAGUUUAACAAUUGGCAGGGUUGGGAUGACCAGUUCAAGUCUCAAAUCAAAACAUUUGGUUUGUCGUCGAUGGACGCUCUCCAGAAUUUCUUCUUCUGGACGUGGAGAAUCGGCAAAAGUAGCAAAACAAACGACUUCGUCAAUCCUUUCUGGUCUUAUCAGCUCGGUUUGCAGCAAGACUACAUGACCACCGACCCACACAGUGAACCAUGGGGCACGUGCGAAAAGUUGAGCCAAGAGGACCAAGGACGCAAUUGGAAUUCCAACCCUGUACAAGACUACCCAGAAUGGAUGUUGGGUGGUGAAGGUGCUGGAGAAUUAUUUGGUGACACGUCAGCUUAUAACACUUUCCCUCCUCAAUCCUUCUUCAAUGUUGAUGACGUUGAUAGCUUGCCACAAUACACACAGACGGGCGACCGCAUCGUGCUCGAACCUAGUCCUGUCGAGUACAUGAAUGAAGAUGGCGAGCUGGAGAGCGUUGAUAAUGCCAAUGGGUGGUAUGACGAUAGCGACGACACACCGUUCUACUCUGCUAUUGAAGGCUGCGAUAGAUACAGAUCGCCUUACUAUGAAGGUGAUAUCAUUGGCGGUAACUGCUAA